UAUUUCAUCUGCAAACACUAUAAAUGCCUCUUGCUUUUAGAUAUCACAAUAUACAAAGAUUACAAACACAAAAACGCUUGAAAGUAAAAGAUAAUAUAAGAUGAAGUUUUCCAUUUGUCUAAUUGUCUUCACAUUUGCAAUAUUCUUGUUGGUACUUCAUGCAGAGAGUGCUGUCAUAAAUGUUGCAGCAAAACCCAAUGCAGAUGUCGGUCCGGUAAGUCAAUAUUUUUAAAUUUAUUUCAAAUAUACAUAUUCAAUUUCAAGAAGUGCAUUUUCAACCAAAACAACACUUAACUGUGACAUUUUAUGAGGACAUAUUUUUAUUUUUCAUCUUUAGCACACACUAAUUUAACCUAGUCCACACUUUUGGCAUGGCGUGGCUUUACCAGAAUCAUGACAAGAGUGUGUUGAAAUUUACAAAAGAUUAAAAACAAUGUGACAGGAUUGUCAUGAACAUUUUCUCAUUUUCUCAAUUUUCUCAUUUUGUUAAUUGAAAAUUUGACAAAUUGUCAUGAAAAUAAAACAAUGUGACAGGGUUUAUUGAGCGCAUGGAAGGAAGCAUGUGCAGCCACAACAGGAAGCACCAUUGUGAUCCCAAAAGGAGAGUAUCCAAUGACCCAAGUAGUGCUUGUUGGGCCAUGCAAAGGCCCAAUUGAGCUCCGAAUCGACGCCACCUUAAAGGCUCCGGCUGACCCCGCCACGCUUGACAGCAACAAGGAAUGGCUCACCAUCAAUAACGUCGACCAAUUCACUCUCUCCGGCACUGGAGUUCUUGAUGGCCAAGGAGCCAAAUCAUGGGACCAAAAUGAUUGCAAGAAAACUGGAGCCUGCAAUAAACUUCCUAAUAAUCUGAGUUUGAAUUUCUUGACGAACUCAUUGAUCCGGGACAUAACUUCUCUAGACAGCAAGUUAUUCCACAUUAACGUUCUGGGCGGUAAGAACUUAACUUUCGACCACGUCACCAUCAAAGCCCCGGGGGACAGCCACAACACAGACGGAAUCCACAUUGCGAAAAUAGUGGACGUUAACGUUAAAGACAGCACCAUAGGAACAGGAGACGAUUGCAUCUCAAUCGGAGACGGGACAGAGAACCUUCACAUCACGGGCGUGACAUGCGGGCCCGGUCACGGCAUCAGCGUCGGGAGUCUCGGAAAGACUCCCGGCGAGUCACCCGUGAAAGGCGUGUUCGUGGAGAAGUGCAACUUCAUCAAGACAGACAACGGCGUGAGAAUAAAAACGUGGCCCGAUUCGCACCCGGGAGUGGUCACGGAUAUCCACUACACGGACUUAACGAUGGACGGCGUCCAAAACCCGAUUGUGAUCGACCAAGAGUACUGCCCCAAUAACCAAUGCACCAAGCAAAAGCCAUCACAGGUGAAGAUCAGCAAAGUGAGCUAUAAGGGCAUAACAGGAACUUCUGGGACUGAGAAUGCGGUGAUCUUUGCAUGCAGCAGUGGGGUGCCAUGCGAGGGGGUUGAGGUAGGCGAUAUAGACUUGAAGUGGGGUGCAUCCACGUGUACCAAUGUGAAGCCCACCUUCACUGGAAAGCAGAACCCAGCACUUUGCACUGCCGCUUAAUUAAUUAUUAAGAGCAUUUGGUCGUUUAAUUAGGAGUUGAAUCAGGUAGUUAAUUAGAAUUAAUUAAAUAAAAGUGUAAAUAUAUACUUCCUCCGUUCUUUUUUAGUUGCAACGGUCAACAUUUCACACUUGCCAACGUACAUCUUUGACCGUAAUUAUAUCCCAAUCUCUAUUAGUAAAAAAUAAUUAAAAAUUAGAUUUUGAAAAUUUGUAAUGAGAUGGAUUGAACAAUAUAAUUUAAAAAAAUAAUUUUCAUAAAAUAAUAACAUAAAAUGUAGUCAAAGUAGGACAUGUGAAUAGUGUAAAAUUCAACAUGUUGCGAUUAAAAAGAGACGGAGGAUAGGAUGUAGUUCAUGGUUGUAUGUGGUUGUUCUAUGUGUUGCCCUGCCCAUGAACAUGUCCUAUGUGUUACCAGGUACAUGCAGGUAGAUCUUUUAAUUGGG